UAGAAUUUCAACAUCUGAAUUUGGGGAAGACAAACAUUCAGGCCAUAACAGGUGUUGUCAUGAGGACAGGGUACCUUAGCAAUUGGGUAACCCAGUAAUACGUGGGACUGGCAAAGCAGAUCGAGGGACCUCAUUGAUCACCUACAGGUUGGCUGAGGGGGAGCAGCCACAUUUGCCCCAGGCCCCAGGACCUGCCCAAGAGUUAACACCUGACCACGCUGAGCUGCACUUGAAUUAUGAGCUACACUCUUCUGAAAAAGGUCACCGGAGUCCUGGAUGAUUGCUUGUGUGAUAUUGAUAGCAUUGAUAACUUUAACACCUUCAAAAUCUUCCCCAAAAUAAAAAAGUUGCAAGAGCGAGACUACUUCCGUUACUACAAGGUCAAUCUGAAGCGACCAUGUCCUUUCUGGGCAGAAGAUGGCCAUUGUUCAAUAAAAGACUGCCAUGUGGAGCCCUGUCCAGAGAGCAAAAUUCCAGUCGGAAUUAAAGCUGGGAGUUCUAAUAAGUAUUCGAAAGUGGCAAACAAUACCAAAGAAUUAGAAGAUUGUGAGCAAGCUAAUAAACUGGGAGCAAUUAACAGCACAUUAAGUAAUCAAAGCAAAGAAGCUUUCAUUGACUGGGCAAGAUACGAUGAUUCACAGGAUCACUUUUGUGAACUUGAUGAUGAGCGAUCUCCAGCUGCUCAAUAUGUAGACCUGUUGCUGAACCCAGAGCGUUACACUGGCUAUAAAGGGUCCUCUGCAUGGAGAGUAUGGAACAGCAUCUAUGAAGAAAACUGUUUCAAGCCUCGCUCUGUUUAUCGUCCUUUAAAUCCUCUGGCACCUAGCCGAGGCAAAGAUGAUGGAGAAUCCUUCUACACAUGGCUGGAAGGUUUGUGUCUGGAAAAGAGAGUCUUCUAUAAGCUUAUAUCGGGACUUCAUGCUAGUAUCAAUUUACAUCUAUGUGCAAAUUAUCUUUUGGAAGAAACCUGGGGUAAACCUAGUUGGGGACCUAAUAUGAAAGAAUUUAAACGCCGCUUUGAUCCUGUGGAAACUAAAGGAGAAGGUCCAAGAAGGCUUAAGAAUCUGUACUUUUUAUACUUAAUUGAACUUCGAGCUUUAUCAAAGGUGGCCCCAUAUUUUGAACGCUCAAUUGUCGAUCUUUACACUGGAAAUGUAGAAGAAGAUGCUGACACAAAAACCCUUCUACUGAAUAUCUUCCAAGAUACAAAGUCCUUUCCCAUGCAUUUUGACGAGAAAUCCAUGUUUGCAGGUGACAAAAAGGGGGCCAAGUCAUUAAAGGAGGAAUUCCGCUUACAUUUCAAGAAUAUCUCCCGUAUAAUGGACUGUGUUGGAUGUGACAAAUGCAGAUUAUGGGGGAAAUUGCAGACUCAGGGUUUAGGAACUGCCCUGAAGAUACUAUUCUCUGAAAAAGAAAUCCAGAAGCUUCCAGAGAACAGCCCAUCUAAAGGCUUCCAACUCACUCGACAGGAAAUAGUUGCUCUUUUAAAUGCUUUUGGAAGGCUGUCUACAAGUAUAAGAGAGUUACAAAAUUUUAAAGUCUUAUUACAACACAGUAGGUAAUAAAGGCUUUUAUAUGUCUAAUUAGAGACAUAAUCUGACUGUGUGAAGCCUGUUAGUCUUGGACAUUCAGCAGAAGGAGACUAAUCUUCAAAGACUUGAAGAAAGAAUUCUGAACUCUUAAAGAGAAAAUUCAAAUGUUCACUUGAAUAUUUAUGAUUCUCAAUAGAUUGUCAAUUAGAAAUAUUUAUAAAUGAAGUAUAUAUACUUUUAAAACAUGUAAGUUAUACUAAUUCUGUGUUUAAUUUCAUGUUUCCAUCUGUUGAAUAUUCUGCUAUUGUUUGUUUAGAAUUGGUUUUUCUUAAUCUGUUAGUCUUUAUUUCCAGUUGUCAGACUUAAAUGACCAUCCUAAUAAACACUGUUAGUGGUCUGUUAUGGAAAGGGAGAGCUAGAGAACAAAUGUUGCUUCAGGCUAGGAUCAGUAACAAAAAGUUAUCAGUGAUUUUUCAAACAUGUUCUUAGCCUUGCCUGAUUCUGUAUCAGUGUGAGAAUGGCCCUUUCAGUGUCUAGUUACAGAAGUGACUGAAGGAUUCCCAGGCCUUCACUUUGAUUUCAUUGGUUUUUAUUUAAGAUUUUUAGUUGCUGUUGUUGUUGCUGUUUUGUUUUGGUCUAAAGGCCCUGCUUCUGGAAAGGUGAAUACUGUCGCCUCCACUGGCUGCCCAGCCAGAUAGCCCGUGUGUGUUGUGGGCUGGCUCCAGAGGAUCCUUUACUUAGAACCUCUACUGUGUAUCUGUUUCUUUUGACUUUGCAUUUCUUUGUCCUGGCUCCAAUUUUAGGAAAUUUUUGUUUACUUUGAGAAAACAAAAAAACUUCAUAAUUUCACCUUGGUAGUUUCACCUUGAUAAAAUUUGAAUGGGACUAUAUGGAUUUGUAAUGCCACUUUAACACAUUAUAUACACAAAAUUUACUCUUUUAAACUGAAUGUUUUUUAAAGGAUUUUAUUUUAGACUACAAUCUAUGCAAUCCUCUCUCCACCUAAAUUUCUCUGGCAAGUUAUUUAAACAGGUAGAGGAGUUGGAGGCCCAUGAAGCUUCCCCUCUGGCCCCACCAUUCUUUUCAUUUCGGUUCAUUGUCUAUAAAUGGUACCUUGUGUGACUUAUACCAACAGAGGACCUUCACAUCCUAAGUUCAUGUUCUAAAGCUGAGAUUUAAACUCCUCCAAUAUUUAAAAUAUUCUUUUAAAAGCUGUUAGAGGGCGAGUGUGAUUAAUGUGGAAGGAGGCAUAUAGGAGUAACACGGGUACAAAACCUAGAGUUUCUCCUUAGACUCUUCAGUCUUUUACAAAGUAAGUGCUCUUAAACCCACAUCUUACCUGCCAGAGUUUAAAAUGUGUUCAUCGAUGAUUUAGGGCAUAUUUUAAAUCGUAUUUAGUUGGCUCACCCCUCUUUUAAAAAUAUUUGGUCAUCCCUUGGAGGAAUAUGGUUGAAGGGAGGAAAGCCUCACUAUUCUUUUACCCAAUUUCUCAGCUUUGUAACUUUGUAGGGUUUUCGUUGUUGAUGGUGACUUUUUUUUUUUUUUUUUUUUUUUGGUGAAGUCGAAUAAAACACACUGGCUUGAUUGGAACCUCCUCUGCUUUGUCUUUUCAUGUUUAGGGAUAGAAGUAUUGUGUGGUAGGAGAGGGGGCUUUGAGGUAAACUGGUUUAAAAAGUGAGUAUCUUAAGUAAUCUUGUUGGUAAAUUAAUAAGAAUUAUUCUUCAUGUUCAUUCAAAGUUUAACAAAAUGUGAGUUUUGCGCUUUGUCUAUUAUUACUAUAAGUUGUUCCCUCAGUUAAAAGCUAUUAUUUAAAUUCUGUUUAUUGAAGAAAAUCCUUGGUCGUUUCCAUUGAUUGCUUUUUUCCUUGACUGUGAUUUAUUUCAAGCUUAGGAAAAAUUGUACGUUACAGUGAGUUCUAGGAAGCUAAAAGGUUGGUAUAAAAAGUUCUUUUCAAGGUUUUAACGAAUUUUUGUACCACCAAGAAAAUAAACAAACGAAGUAUUCUUAAGCUGAAAUGUAUUUGAUUAACUUGAUUUCAUCACAGAUUGGAUUGUGGGGGGCAGCCUACAUUUUUGUGUCUGUGUGUAUUUCUUCAGUGAUUGUAUAGGUGUAGGAAUCUUUGUUGUGGGAGCUGGGUGAUGCUGUAUGACCUUUGUGAUAUAACCUGUUUUUCCAAGUCCUAGACCCUCUGUCGCACAGGGAUGCUAGAGGACUGCCUGCCUUGUGAAGACGCUUGGGUGUAAUUCCUCUCAUGUUUUGUCUUUAUCUCAUUACCUAAUUUAAAAGUCCAGCACUUGAUAAUAUAACUGACAGAAAUGAUUGUACCAGCUGACGAAGUAAUGAAAAUGAAGAAAAGGAAAAGAAUUCCUUCCUUCAAUGGCAUGAGUUUAUUUUUUCCUUAAGUGGCAUCUAUGUAAGUUAGAAAUACUAUAUAUUAAAAUUGGUAAAAUUUGAA